GCAUGUGCCUGGCGGGCCAGGCAGGGUGCCACCAGCCCAGAGGUCAAGCAUGAAUUCAGUCCUGACAAAAUAUGGGUCUCCACCUGGAAGCUGGCUCAGCCUUCGUUUGGGAACCGACGACCACAGCCCAGCCGAGGAGAAGGGACUUCGCUGUCAGAACCCGGCCUGCAUGGACAAGGGGCGGGCGGCCAAGGUAUGCCACCACGCCGACUGCCAGCAGCUGCACCGCCGGGGACCCCUCAACCUCUGCGAGACCUGUGACAGCAAGUUCCACAGCACCAUGCAUUAUGACGGCCACGUCCGCUUCGACCUGCCCCCACAAGGCUCUGUCCUGGCCCGGAAUGUGUCCACCCGGUCAUGUCCCCCGCGCACCAGCCCUGCAGUGGACUUGGAGGAGGAGGAGGAAAGCUCUGUGGAUAGCAAAGGGGACCGGAAGAGCUCAGGCCUGAAACUCUCCAAGAAGAAAGCAAGGAGGAGAUACACAGAUGACCCAAGCAAGGAGUGCUUCACCCUGAAAUUUGACCUGAACGUGGACAUCGAGACGGAGAUUGUACCAGCCAUGAAGAAGAAGUCGCUGGGGGAGGUGCUGCUGCCGGUAUUUGAAAGGAAGGGCAUCGCGCUGGGCAAAGUAGAUAUCUACCUGGACCAGUCCAACACACCCCUGUCCCUCACCUUUGAGGCCUACAGGUUCGGAGGACACUACCUACGGGUCAAAGCCAAGCCAGGGGACGAGGGCAAGGUGGAGCAGGGAGUGAAGGACUCCAAGUCUCUGAGUCUGCCCAUCCUGCGGCCGGCUGGGCCCGGGCCCCCUGUGCUGGAGCGUGUGGACCCCCAGGGCCGCUGGGAGAGCCUGGACAUCUUGGCCCCCGGCCGCCGACGCAAGAACAUGUCGGAGUUCCUGGGGGAGACCAGCAUCCCAGGGCAGGAGCCCCCGACACCCUCCAGCUGCUCUCUGCCCAACAGCAGCAGUGGCGGCGCCAGCAGUGGGGGUGGUGACAGCUGGAAGAACCGGGCGGCCAGUCGCUUCAGUGGCUUCUUCAGCUCGGGCCCCAGCACCAGCACCUUCGGCCGGGAGGUAGACAAGAUGGAGCAGCUGGAGAGCAAGCUGCACGCCUACGGCCUCUUCGGGCUGCCCAGGCUGCCCCGGAGGCUGCGCUUUGACCACGACUCCUGGGAGGAGGAGGAGGACGACGAUGAGGAUGAGGACGAGGACAGCGCCUGCCUGAGGCUGGAGGACAGCUGGCGGGAGCUCAUCAGUGGGCAUGAGAAGCUGACCCGGCGGCAGUGCCACCAGCAGGAGGCGGUGUGGGAGCUGCUGCACACGGAGGCCUCGUACAUCAGGAAACUGCGGGUGAUCACCAAUCUGUUCCUGUGCUGCCUUCUGAACCUGCAGGAGUCGGGGCUGCUGUGCGAGGUGGAGGCCGAGCGCCUGUUCAGCAACAUCCCCGAGAUCGCGCGGCUGCACCGCGGGUUGUGGGGCAGCGUGAUGGCGCCGGUGCUGGAGAAGGCGAGGCGAACGCGGGCGCUCCUGCAGCCCGGGGACUUCCUCAAAGGCUUCAAGAUGUUCGGCUCGCUGUUCAAGCCCUACGUCCGAUACUGCAUGGAGGAGGAGGGCUGCAUGGAGUACAUGCGCGGGCUGCUGCGCGACAACGACCUCUUCCGGGCCUACGUCACGUGGGCCGAGAAGCAGCCGCAGUGCCAGCGGCUGAAGCUGAGCGACAUGCUGGCCAAGCCCCAUCAGCGGCUCACCAAGUACCCGCUGCUGCUCAAGUCGGUGCUGAGGAAGACGGAUGAACCGCGCGCCAAGGAGGCCGUCGUUACCAUGAUCGGCUCGGUGGAGCGCUUCAUCCACCACGUGAACGCAUGCAUGCGGCAGCGACAGGAGCGGCAGCGCCUGGCCGCCGUGGCGAGUCGCAUCGACGCCUACGAGGUGGUGGAGGGCAGCAACGACGAGGUGGACAAGCUCCUGAAGGAAUUUCUGCACCUGGACCUGACAGUGCCCAUCUCUGGCGCCCCCCUGGAGGAGACUCGACAGCUGCUGCUGGAGGGGAGCCUGAGGAUGAAGGAGGGGAAGGACAGCAAGAUGGACGUGUACUGCUUCCUCUUCACGGACCUGCUCUUGGUGACCAAGGCAGUGAAGAAGGCCGAGAGGACCAAGGUCAUCAGGCCACCACUGCUGGUAGACAAGAUUGUGUGCCGGGAGCUACGGGACCCUGGCUCCUUCCUCCUCAUCUACCUGAAUGAGUUUCACAGUGCUGUGGGGGCCUACACAUUCCAGGCCAGCGGCCAGGCCUUGUGCCGUGGCUGGGUGGAUGCCAUUUACAAUGCUCAGAACCAGCUCCAACAGCUGCGUGCACAGGAACACCCAAGCAGCCAGCAGCACCUGCAGAGCCUGGUAGAGGAGGAGGAGGAACAGGAGGAGGAAGAGGAGGAGGAGGAGGAAGGCGAGGAGAGUAGCACUUCUAGCACUUCGGCUGCCAGCUCCCCCACCAUCCUGCGCAGAAGCAGCAACAGCCCUGACUCCCAGCACUGUGCCUCGGACGGCUCCACGGAGACCCUGGCCAUGGUAGUGGUGGGGCCUGAGGAGGUGGUGUCCUCUCCUGAGUUUGAUGGCGGCCCCUUCAGCUCCCAGUCAGAUGAGACCUCUCUCAGCACCACUGCCUCAUCCGUCACGCCCACCGGCGAGCUGCUGCCUCUGGGCCUGGUGGAUGGCUGCUCCUGCUCCAUGGACUCUGCCUAUGGCACCCUCUCCCCGACCUCCCUGCAAGACUUUGCAGCCCCAGCCCCUGUGCCGGAGCCAUUGCCCCAGCUCCCUGAGUUACCACGAGCCACUUCCCCACCGCCAUCACCCCGCCUCCGCCGCCGCACCCCUGUCCAGUUGCUGCCCUGCCUGCCCCACCUGCUCAAGUCCAAAUCUGAGGCCAGCCUCCUCCAGCUGCUGUCAGGGGCUGGAACCCAUGUAGCACCCCCAGCCCCCAGCCGCAGCCUGUCAGAGCUCUGCCUGGCCGCUAUAGCUCCAGGUGCUAGGACUCAGGGCUGCUCUCGGGAGGCUGGGCCCAGCUGGGAUUGCAGGGGGGCAUCUAGCCCUGGCAGCGGCCCCAAGCCAUUAGAGCCUGAGAACAGGGCCAGCUGCUUGGCUGAGGAGCCUGCAGGCCCUGCCAGGAGGUGCAGAGAGCUGCCCACAGGGAGCUCUCCCGGGGUCCAGCCAGAGCCCCCCACAGGGGUCUCUGCCCAGCACAGGAAGCUGACACUGGCCCAGCUCUACCGGAUCAGGACCACCCUGCUGCUUAACUCCACGCUCACUGCCUCAGAGGUCUGAGCAGAGGGAGGCCCCCAAGAGUGCCACUGACCAAGGGACAGCAGACAGCAUGCCUCCUGCGGGGUGCCAGCACCUGCUUCAGCUGCUGCCUCCUGUGUGCACGAGCCGGAGCCUGGGCAGGACCUCUGCACCACCCGGGGCCGAUUCGCACUUUUCCAGACUGGAUGGAGUGGAGGAGGACCCACUAGAGCCCCCAGCCCAGGCUACAGUAGCCCCCCCACACCUGCCCAAGCAGUCCCUUGUGUCCUCUCCCUGAAGUCACCAGCUCCUCUGGGCUGGGCUCCCAGGCUGCCCUUCCCACCUGCACCCUCGUCUGGCCUCUAGUGGGCCCUGCUCCUGCCCUCUCCCCACCCUCCAUAGGUCCCACUGGCCACCCCAGGCUUGGGCUGGGCUCUGUGUAAGUUGCAUAUUUAUUGAGCUUUCGAUUCUUUUAUAAAGACUUGGACAUACUCCACUA